AUGAUCACCGUUGACAUCAAUACCAUUGGAGAUAUCAAUUCUACCAACACUCUGCUCGAUGCGGAGGGAUAUACUGCUCUUUCAUACGGAUGGGGCUCUGCUCAACCAAGCUAUGAAGUCUUCAUAGCUGCUCAAAAUGAUGCGAACGAGUUCAGCCUUUUGGUUCAGCAACAAGUCCACGAAUUUCUGAGUCACUUUAGAAGUCCAAUCAAGGCGCAGUAUCUGUGGAUUGAUUCGAUUUGCAUAAGUCAGGGAGACAAAUCCGAGAGACAAAUACAAAUCCAAGAUAUGCACCAAAUUUACUCUGAGUGCCGUAUUGUGGCUGUGUGGCUCGGGGCCGAGUCUAAUAAGGAAGAGGUCAAAAUAUUUCAAGAGCUGGCAAGCUCUUCAAAUCACGAUGUUUCUCGGCAAACUUUAACUCGGAUGCCUCCCGACGCGAGAACGAUAGUGCACGAAUCGUCUUUCCAGGAAAUUCUAAUUGCACCACGUGUACAACUGUGUAUGGGAAAUCAACGGAUGACUUUCGACUUUAAACAGACCUUGCCACAUUUGGGUUUGCAAGAAUCUAAUAUUCUCACUUCUACUGGUAGCAAAGCUCGGGACACUUUCCCGGAUGCCUCGUCCGUUGGGUCGAUUUAUGUAGCUGCAUCUGGCGAUUCCCGGAGUAUUUUCAGUGAUGAAUCCCGCGAGACAUUUUCGACGCACACUAGUACCAUAGGCCAUUCCAAAGAAUUGGUCUUGUCUGAAUUGGUACAUUUUUUUGCCUUAGACAAGGAGCUAGUUAAUACCUACAGAUUGCUGACUGGACCGGAAGCGUUCGGACCUCUUCAGCAAAUGAUUAGAAACUUGUUAAAACACUUUGCUCUGGAACUAUUGGUCGAGCUCGAAACAGUGUUGAAGGAUAUUCCAUCAUUCAUCCUCGAGCAAAGGCAUCGAUUGUCACGUCGCGUGUGUGAACUGCUCCAACCACACCAUGCAAGCAUCUCGCAAGAUUUCUUAGAACAAGAUGUUGAUAAAAAUGAUAUCUUGAACAGCUACUUUCGUUCUAUGCUAGACGCUAGAGAGUCGAAAAACAGAUUUGUCGAAUACAUUUCAAGUGAUAGCUCAGAUUCAGAGAUGGAAGAGUUUCCGAAAUCAAAUUUGACGAAAAGAAUUAAGGAUCGACUUCUCAGAACGCAAGCAAUGAAAAAACUUUCGAAGAGAUCUUGA